ACUUAGAAGAAGAUCACUUAAGUUGAUUGCCUCUGUUUCAUCAUUACUUUGAACCUGACCUUAUUCUCACACAAAGCCCCCUUCUCACACACCCUUGUAUAAUUAUAGCUAAUGCAACCUAUAAUCCCUAGGCCUGUGAAGCCAAAACAGACAAGUUGUUGGGGGUUCUCAUAAAUUGUGGAAGAUCUCCCCACAAGAUUUGCUGAAUCAGAUUUUGGGGUUUUGCUUGCAUCAUCACUAUAAUGAGUACACUGCUGGAACAGUCUCUCUCUCUUUUCACCUUUCAGUUUCAAUCCCUUUUAGAGCCAUAUAGUUGUGUAGGUUCAAAAGUUUCAGUCAUUCUUUGCUGCAUUUACCCUCAUCUUUCUCUAUCAAGCUAGCUAAUUAGGGUCAAAAAAUAGCUAGAAAGCAAAGGUCUUUUUCACCAUCUCUGAGCAAAAAUGGGGUUGAAUGGACCUGGCAGCUGCAACAGUAGAGAGAAUCCAGAUAUUUUGAUUGCAGAGACGAAGCAGAAGAUAAUGAGAGGAGGAGGACAAAAGAAAUCAGAAAAAACUAAUGGGCCCUCCAAAGCCAUGAGUGCCACACACUGCCACUGCGCCAUUUCAAGAAGCUUUGCUGCUGCAUUCUCAGUGGAAGUGUUUGCGGGUGGGUUAUAUAUAUCCUCUUCAAGUUGGAAAUAGGCUGAGAUAGUUGAUAUUGAUAAUCAGUUCAUCAUAACUGAGGAAGUGACUCUCUCUGUUCAUCUUGCCUGGUCUUUGUUAAAGUUUCCCAAUGCCUUUUUGUCAAAACCCCCUGUUGAUGCCCAAUGCAAUCUGAGAUUUGUGUCCUGAGAUAUGAUGGAUAAUCAAAUGUUCAAUGUCCCCACGGAUGUGACUGCCCGAAAUUCUGUUGUCGUAGAUGGGAUUGGACCACAUACAACGAUGGACUCUUUUCUCCAGUCGUAUUCAUUAGACGUCAAUCACCAAAAUCAUUUCAUUUCUGUACUUCCAAUGCUUCCAGCCAUUGAUGGAGAUUCUGUCAUUGGUUGCCAUUCGGAUCAUCUUCAUGACACGAAUAGUGCUGCUAUUGCUGAAUCAUUUGCUUUUGUUACAUCUCAAAGAAGGAACAAUCUGAGAGAACCCCCAUUUGGCAGUGCAAGUUUCUAUGACCAUUCUGUGUUUCAAGGAAUACCCAACCCUGCUGCUUCAUGUUCUACCGCUUUCGCUCCAAGUGGUAAUCUUCAAGAAGAUCUCGACAACUUAGCAAUUUCAGCAACUCCCAUGCAUUCUUCGGAAAUUUAUGUUUCAAAUGCCUGCUCUAGCAUACCAAGUUCUUUGUUGGCAACCCCUGUAAGUUAUGGAUAUGAUGAAAUACUUGGUAGCCUAAAUAGUCAACAGUGGGAGCUCAACAAGUAUGCGGCAGCUCCCUCGGACCCUGAAGAGAAAACUCCAGUAAGAACAACAGGGCUUCAACCAUAUUCACCAUCUAUAGGAAAUCUGGAUCCAAAUGGAUGGUCAUCACCUAAUGGCGCCAGUUAUGAGAUGACAUAUCAUUCUUACAGUUCCCCUAAAUCAAGCAACGAGCUCGCUCUAACACUUGCCACAUCCAGGCCUUCUAUUGUAAAUGGGAUGAAUAUCCGAGAUCAGUGUUCAGACAUCGACUGUUCUGGGAUUGUUCAGCCUUGUUUGAAUCAAGCAAGGUUUGGCUCAGAUCAGCCAGCUUCUUGCAGUAGUGAGGAGCCUUCUCCAAGUUUUGGUUCUUGCAAACCACCUCAAUUAUCCCAAAUAAUAUGUGGAUCAAGCUACUUUCAUGUGAUUCAGGAAAUACUUGCCCAGAUUGCAAGCUAUUCACUAGAAAAUCUAGACGAGUCAAGUUAUUCGUCUCUGGGGGUCAAUUCUGCUUUAGAUAGUAGAUUUGAGGCGCAAAACGAGCCUGCGCUGCAAAGACAGGAAAUCGAAACAAAGAAAGCUAAACUUCUGGCCUUAUUGCAAAUGCUUGAUGACUGCUACAACCAAUGUGUGGAUGAGAUUCAUACAGUUGUAUCUGCAUUCCACGCUGCUACAAAUACAGAUCCUUCUGUACAUGCUCGUUUUGCUCUUAAAACAAUCUCCAUGUUUUAUAAAAAUCUGAGGGAAAGAAUUAGCACCUAUUGCCUUGCAAUGAGUGAAAAUUUCAACCCUGAAAGUCCCAGUGAGAGUGAAACCUCCUUUGAUGAAAUUCAAAAGCAGUUGGCUCUUCAGCAUAUGAAAAAGAAAGAACAUCAAAUUUGGAGACCACAGAGAGGCUUGCCGGAAAAAUCAGUCUCAGUUUUGAGGGCUUGGAUGUUUCAAAACUUCCUUCAUCCGUACCCUAAAGAUGCAGAGAAGCAUCUCCUUGCAGUAAAAAGUGGAUUAACAAGAAGCCAGGUAUCAAAUUGGUUCAUAAAUGCUAGGGUUCGGCUAUGGAAACCUAUGAUUGAGGAGAUGUACGCGGAUAUGAACAGAAGAAAAGCUCGGCAAAAUGAAAACGCUGAGAAGAUACCACAUAAGUAUUAACAAUCAGAAAUUUCAUGUGAAUUGAAGGUUUUGGGAAGGUACAUAUCAAAUGGAAACGGGCACUUCUGGAUGAUUCAGUAGGAAAAAAAAAAUGCACUACAUCCUCAACAUUGUUACAAUUAAGCUGUAUAUAAUCCUCUCAGCUGCGUAAGGUCAACAAUUGAGUACCUUUCUGUAAUUACCAUGCAUGCCUAACCAGCAUGAACGUCUUCUCUUAUGAGCAAAAUCAGUAUGGCACUCUUGUGGCAGCUAGCUAGCUUUGCCCCUUAAUCAAUAUGGUACCGCAUUCGAACA